UUAUACCAGAAAGUAGAGCCGCACCUCCACGACAUUUCGGCGUUUGAAAUGAGUUUGUGAAUUUUGGAGUGUUCUUUUUGUUCGGAUCACUGGAACACUUGGAAUUUCUCCUGAUAAUUUGGAGUUGUGUUGUGUAAUUUGUGGGAUAGGCUCGUGGAGGCUUGGGGAUCUUGGGGAUUUUGAAUUUUCAAAUUAUCGGGACUACUUGGAUAUGAAAAAAGGGGUAUGGGAUGUGGUCAUCGUGAGCGUCGUACCGCAAUCCGGCGAACCUGUUUUGUGUUCGUAGACUGACGGUAGAAUUGGAACGCAAGUUGUUUAUCCGCUCGAUGGCACCUUGCCCUGCCCAUUUUCCCGGUGUUAAAUAAUCACUGGAUAAUUCAUAAUUUUGGCAGCUCAUAUGCAUUUGUUAUCAGCUAGCUGGUGAAUUUAUUGAGGGUCCUGGAUAUAUACUCUGGAGAUACGACUUGAGAAGACAACGCGAAGGAAAAAUGCCGGAGGAGCGGAAAUCUAGCGCCAGUCCGGCUGACAUAAUGGCGGAAAAUGGCACAAAUUCACCGAGCAAAAGUCCUGUUAAUAAGGGCAAACUGGCACUCGCUAAAAUUACUCUGCUGGAUGGCACUGUGAAAGAUUUUUAUGUCGAUAGGAAAGCCAAGGGUCAGGAGCUGCUGGAUCAAAUAUGCCAGAGUAUGAAUCUCCUGGAGAAAGAUUACUUCGGCCUCGUCUACGAGGACAAACACGAUCCCCGGAAUUGGCUCGAUCUCGACAGGAGAAUUGGAAAAUUCAUAAAAAAUGAACCGUGGACAUUCAGUUUUGAGGUGAAAUUUUAUCCACCAGAUCCAUCCCAGCUCCAGGAAGAUAUAACUCGUUACCAGUUGUGUCUUCAAAUUCGUAAUGAUAUAAUUACCGGUCGCCUUCCGUGCUCCUUCGUUACACAUGCACUCUUGGGGUCUUAUCUGGUACAAUCGGAAGUGGGUGAUUAUGAUCCUGAGGAGCACGGCGAGAAUGGAUUGUACCUGAAGGAUUUCAAAUUCGCUCCCAAUCAGACACCUGAGCUCAUUCAGAAAGUGGUGGAUCUUCACAGAACGCAUAGAGGUCAAACGCCAGCUGAGGCGGAGCUUCAUUAUCUCGAGAAUGCAAAAAAAUUGGCAAUGUAUGGAGUUGAUCUUCAUCCUGCUAAGGACUCCGAAGGUGUUGACAUUAUGCUAGGUGUUUGUUCUUCCGGUUUACUCGUCCACAGGGACAGAUUGAGAAUUAAUCGUUUUGCAUGGCCUAAAAUACUCAAAAUUUCGUACAAGAGGCACAAUUUUUACAUCAAGAUAAGACCUGGUGAGUUCGAGCAGUACGAAUCGACUAUUGGGUUUAAAUUAGCUAAUCACAGAGCAGCGAAAAAAUUAUGGAAAGUUUCCGUGGAGCAUCACACGUUCUUCCGACUGAUGAGCCCAGAUCCAGUGAAGAAAGUAGGACUUUUGCCUCAUCUGGGCUCACGCUUCCGAUACUCUGGACGAACGCAUUACGAAACUAAAAAAAUACCAAUCGAACGACAACCCCCGCAAUUCGAACGAUCACUCAGUGGUAGGCGCAUAACAUCCCGCAGCAUGGAUGCCUUAGGUGGAACGAGACCAGUGGAUUCAUAUGGAUCUGAACCCAGCAAACGUCACACCAUGAGUUACGAGCCUGAAAUAAUUCCAGACAUGGAGCACAUCGACCAACGGCCUAGUCCCAUUAAAAAUAAAAAAGACAAACUCACUCGAAAAACAAGUGUUGGGACAACCUCGGCCAGCAGUGCCAGUAGCCUGGAGGGUGAAUAUUACGCGGAGCGUCCCGAAAAGAAACCAAUUGGGGGUAUUGCUGUAUUGCCACCCGGUGGCCUUACGAAAAAGAACAAGGACAAGCAAAACGAGAAUGAGAAGGAAAAUCACAAUGAUCUUAACACGUCUGAUUUGAUAAACGACGGUACGUCUGUCGAUGAGAAAACAUUGAGUAAUAAGAAGAGUAAGAAGAAAGAUAAGGAAAGUCCGGAGAAACGGGAUGCCGACAAAAAGGAGAAGAUCAAGAUUCCUGUCGGUGGUUUUCUAUUUGGAAAACGUGACAAGGAGCCAAAGGACAAGAAGCAAAAGAAGAACAAAGACCUCGACGAUUCAAUUGAUCCGAGUGACGAGUCAAAUUUGUCAGUGUCAUCAAGACAGCCACAGCCUGUUGAGCCCAUGCAGACAUCCCCUGAGUCUGCAACAUUACCUGGCUACACAAAACCGUAUAACUACGUAGAGAACGAGGCAGCACCAACGAAAAAGCCUUACACACCCCACGGAUUCUCGUACGAGGACAGAUCGACAUCACCCACAGGAACGAAAGAGCCACAGUCUCCCACGUCUGCCAGUAAAAAAGCGACCGGACUUGCCUUCAAUUACGCUCCAGGUGAGGCGCAGAAGCUCGCUGAAUCUGCGGAGAAGAGAAAGACUAAAGAAGCUAUUGGGAACAAAACUCCACCACCACUUCCAACAACUCUUCCUGGUCUCAAGACACCGGGACUCAACUACGUUGAAUCCGCUGGGUUGAAGGAGCAGCAGAAGACAGCCCCCCUGGACCUCAACCAGAAAGCGUCAGCAGCGCUGAUUGCUGGGGAACAGCAGGGGGACAUUGCAGCCUCCAAACCCGGGGCCAUAAUCCCAUCGACUGUAGAUAAAGGACCGCAUCACUGGGUGCUACCAUUGCCAGAGGGUACAGUUGUGAUUGGGGGGAUAAUUUAUGCGACUGCCAAGGGAAAACCGCAUGAUCAGAGCUCCUUGGGUCCAGAUGGAAAUAAAAUAAUCGAUGGAAGAGUGUGUGGAAAGGAUGGGAAACCCCUGAAAAAGGGGGAAUUCGGCCCUCAGGGCCUGCAUAUUGCUAAUGGCCUGGUGGUGGGGAAGGAUGGGAAGCCUCUGAAUCAAUCUGGCAUCGGAACAAAUUAUCACUCAAUCGAGAAUGGAGUUAUCUGCGGAGAUAAUCAUCGGCCACUCAAUGAGAGUUCCUUGGGGCCGGAGCAUUGUCUGAUAAAGGAGGGAAAGAUCGUGGGAAAAAAUGGAAAACCCAUCACCCUUGAUAAACUCGGGGCUGACGGCAGCUCCAUCAAGGACGGCCUGAUAUUCUCCGAUAAUGGCAAGCCACUGACUCAGGGCUCGUACGGUACAGAGGGAUAUUACAUCGUUGGAGGAAUUGUUUGUGCUCACAAUGGCAAAUCAAUCAAUCAAAUGGCACUUUUACCGGAUGCAACGUAUGUCUCCAGUGGUUUAAUCUAUGGGCGUGACGGUAAACUACUGUCCAGUGGAGAUAUAGGGCACGAGGGUAAUUACGUGACUGAGGGAAAAGUUCAUGGAAAGGAUGGGAAACCAGUGAAGAACGAGGCGUUCACCUCGGAGGGAGCAUUUGUGAAGGAAGGGGUUGUCUAUAAUAAAGAGGGAAAACUUUUGAAUCAGGGGUCUUUGCUGCCGAAUGGGGCACACCUCAAGGAUGGAAAAGUCGUCGGUGUCGAUGGCAAGAGCAUAAAGCACGCCUUCUUCAAGAGCGACGGUAGCUUCGUUAAAGACGGAAUUAUUUACGGAAAAGAUGGAAGACCUCUCAAUCGAAUUCCAUUAAUUUCCGAGGGUAGUUUUAUCAAAGAGGGAAUUAUUCAUGAUAGGAAUGGAAAACCUCUCACCCAGAAUCUCUUCAAGCCUGAUUGCAUUGUCAUUCGUGAUGGGGUCAUUUGUGAUGCAGCGGGCAAACAUCUGGCUCAUGGAUUCCUCGGGGAUAAUUUAAUCAUCAAGGAUGGAGUGGUGCUGGGGAGGGACGGAAAACCCGUCAAGCAGGAGUCCUUCGGUUCCAAUGGUUCUACCAUCAAAAAGGGCGUAAUCUUUGCGAAGAAUGGAAAGCCAUUGAAUCAGGACUCUCUCGUGCCGGAUGGAGUCUCCAUCAAGGAUGGAAAAGUGUGCAAUAGAGAUGGAAAGCCAAUUAAAUUGUGUUUCUUCAAGUCUGACGGCAGUUUCGUCAAGGACGGCCAGAUUUACGGAAGGGAUGGCAAACCAUUGAACCUGAGCUCUUCAUUACCAGCUGAUUGUUACAUUCAGAAUGGUGUAGUCUUCGAUCAUACUGGAAAUCCUCUGACCAAUAGCAUAUUUGGGGCUGAUGGCUCGUACGUAUCUGCUGGCCUGGUGCACGACAAAGACGGUAAUGUAAUCAAGGAGGGUAUUUUCGGGCCCGAUGGAAAUAAAAUCAGAGACGGCCUGGUGAUCGGAAGAGAUGGCAAACCAUUGACUCAAGACGACAGGGGCCCCGACAAUAUCGCUGUUCUCGAGGGAAAAAUUGUUGAUGUCAGUGGAGCACCGAAGAAUCUCGCGUCACUAAUUCCAGAUGGCUGUUACCUUCGCGAUGGUGUGGUUUACGAUGGCCACGGGAAGCCUCUGAAGCAGGGGGCAUUCAGGCCGGAUGGAGCGUACAUCCGUGAUGGACUUAUUUACAGCUGGGGGGGAACCCUCCUGAACGCCGGCAGUCCAAUUCCUCAAGACUACUACGUCCAGCAGGGCAGGAUAUACGGUAAAGACGAUAAACCAAUGAAUCACAGCUCCUUCGGGCCCGAUGGGUCUUUCGUGCAGAAUGGGUACGUCUACGACAAGGAUAUGAAACCACUGAACCAUGGAAUAUUUGGGAAUGAGGGUGAUUACAUCCAGGAUGGCGAAGUUUACGGACCAGAUGGAAAGCCUCUAAAUAAAAAACAGACAACAACUAUCACCAUUAGUCUUGUGAGGUACGGGCUGAUGUGUGGGAAUGAUGGGAAACCCAUUGUAUCCGGACCAUUCGAUAAUUCAGGGAAUACGAUAAAAAAUGGAAGGAUAUACGACAAAAAUGGAAAACCGUUGAAUCUCGAGUCGUUCGGGUCUUAUGGUCAGUCUGUUAAGAAUGGUCUUGUUACUGGGUCUAAUGGUAAACCCGUGACCCAGGGGCCUCUCAAGCCUGAGACUUGUUUCGUUAAAAAUGGGAGAGUUUACACCGCAGACGAUCAACCCCUCACCCAAGAAGCCUUUGGUCCUGAAGGUCUCAAGGUCAAAGAGGGAGUGAUUGUCGAUAAAACUGGCAGACCCAUAAAACAGACAUCUUUUGACAAUGAAGGGAAUUACGUUAAAGAUGGGCUUGUUUAUAGUGCAGCUGGAAAACCUCUGGAGAAACGGUUCACCACGACAAUUACAAUCGUCAAGAGAGGACUUGUUUAUGAUAGCAGUGGAAAGCCGGUGGAGCACGCGGUGUUUGGGGAUGACGGAAGCUUCAUCAAGGAUGGAAAAGUCUAUGGGGCAGAUUGUAAACCGUUGAAUCAGGGGACCUAUGGGGAUGAUGGUGGGUACAUCAGGGAGGGGGUAAUCUACGCUAAAUCUGGACAGCCUUUGGAGCGUGACCAGUCGUCUACAGGGGCCACUCCAAAAAUUACAGCUUCGAAAAUUAAGAAGACACUCGUACCUGCUAGUACUCCGACAAUUGUCAAAACCACCACCAAACAGUCUGUGGUUAAGGAUCAGGAAGGAUUGAGGCAGAAUAUUGAGGAGAAGAUCGAAGACCUCACACCUGGAGGCACUGGACAAGUCACUGUCAAUACACAAGUCAAUAAGGCAGAUGCACAGGAUGAUGGUAGAACUCCGUACAUGACUGCUACGGCCGUUACAACUCGAACAGCAACGAUGCAUGAGGAUCUUGAGAAAAAUCAGAAGACAAGUCAGGUCGAGGAAAAGACGGUAGCACAUACAACAGCCACCAGUGCUACCAGACAGGAGCAGAGGGUUGUCACCCAGGAAGUCAAGACCACGAGCCAUGUACUCACUGGCGAACAGCUGUUCACACGACGUCUCAGUACAUCGAGUUCGAGCAGUGGUGAUUCAGGUACACCCAUUGACCUUGACGACGAUCAACAGGCAUUCUACAAUCAGUAUUAUCAGGGAGAUGCUGGUGCUGUUGCAACAGAAACCCAGAUAUUCUCAGGUGAACCAGCGAGCAAUGUCACAGCAACGAGUACAGUACCACUUGUUGCUACUGAAACGAGAAAAGUUGCACUGGAAAAUGACGAUGGAAGUUACAGUGUCAGCGGUGAGAUAGUGAGCUCCCAAACAAUCUCGAGUAAAACUAGAACCGUCGAGACAAUUACCUAUAAAACGGAGAAGGAUGGAGUAGUCGAGACCAGAGUGGAGCAAAAAAUAACAAUACAAUCAGACGGAGAUCCAGUGGAUCACGAUCGCGCACUAGCCGAGGCAAUCCAAGAGGCAACAGCUAUGAAUCCAGACAUGACAGUAGAAAAGAUAGAAAUCCAGCAGACAUCACAAUAAUAGAUUUUAAUCAACCGUUGUACCGAGUUUUCUAGAAAGCCCUGUCUACAAGGUAAACUCAGUCCCGCUAUCUCUAAAAUCGCUCCUAAAAAUUGAUAACUUCGACAAAAAGAGAAAGAAUAAAUCGGCUGAGGCAGUCGCUGAGUGCAAGCUGCAAAAAAUCAACGGAUAGGCGAUAAAAUGUUUCUCGAUGUCAGAGGAAAAUGUCUCGAUGCUAGAGAACAAGUUUUUACGUUGAAAAAUUCACUCUCUGAGACAUUUUUUUUUCUCUGCGCACGCCGAUCGCCGCGAUAUUUCAAAUUGAAAUGUGUGAUAGAAUAAUCUUCGACACAAUUGAUGGCUUCUGUUUGGUAUUUUAUUUCGGAUAAUUAAGGAAGAUUAAACUUGGUGCAACAUACGAAUUCAAUGCAUACAACGCAAUAAUGCGCUUCACUCGAGGGAAAAGUGGGAGAAUGUUGCUUCAUUGCGAUAAUCCUGUAUAGUAUGAUUCAUAACGUUCGGUAUUAGUUUUUUGUUUCACUAGCGGAUACCAUUGGACAUGAAUAUAUAAAAUUAUAAAUGAAUAUAUAUUAUAUUGAUGGGAGAAAGGUGUCUGAAGAUGGAUUGAAUAUAUAUGAAUAUAUUAUGUAUAUGUAGGCAGUUUGAAGUGCUAAAAUCGUCACGAUUGUUCCUGGGCCUAGGGGAAACUUCAUGAAAUGUCGUGUGACCUGGAGAAUCAGUGGAAUUAUUUACAAACUCAAUUUUAUUCCAUUGAGACUAUGGGGAAAGCAAUCCAGCGUGUGGAUUUUGUCGAUUCAAACAGUACAUAUUAAUAAUUUAAUAACGAUUAAUUAUAGAUUCUAUUACCAAGAGCAGAUUUGCAUUGGUCAGCGUAUAUGUCUAAAUCUAGCUGUAGCUUCUGUAGUCAUAGGGAUGUGUGCGUAUGAGAUUGUACAAUUUUUGUUUAUUCGUCUAGAUUUAUCAUACGUUUUUCUUUAUUAACGUAUUUAAUAUAGAUUGAUUUUCUACAUAAUUAUUUCUUCUGGCAGUAAAUUUAUUUCGCACUUGUUCAAGUGAUUGCGUAACCAUUGAUAUAUUAUUAUUUAUGAAUGGAUUUUAACAUUGCAAUGGGUCUGUGCUACCGCACAUAACAACAAAAAUGUCAUUCGAAGAUGUCCAGGUCAAGUCCUUUAUUUUUCUACUUUUGCAUACUUGUAAGACCUGUAGAAUCCUUGGCCAAAAUAAUUUUUUAUUCUCACUGCAGAUAUGCUCGUUCGAAUUAUUUUUAACAUUCCACGCUUAUAGUAAUCACCCUUGUGUAUUAUAUCCGUAAUUGUAUUAUCUGAUUUUUUUAGCAGAGUCUAGGCUUUACAUUAAAAUUUUUAGGAUAAAUGUCACGGUUUCAUUGUUUGUAUUUGAACUAUUUUUGGUUCAUUAUCGAGCAGUGGUACAUCAUUGAUUAUUCUAAAUCGAUGGGUAACUAAAUUCAAGGAAAAUGCAUUAAUUAUUAAACGUAUAUAACACGAGCACGCUGUAAUUGUCGAAUUAAGAGAGAGAAUUAAACACCAUUUGUGAAUUUUUA